AUGAACAGCCCGAAACAACUCGCCCUUCUCACGGGAGUUUUGCUCAGUUUUGCAGGAAUGGAAAUGUCUGCUGUCCAUGCGCGAGAUGUGAAAAAUCCACAAAAAACUAUCCCAGAGCCAUUUUAUUUCGGCCCUCAUCAUCACGAUCCUUUCUCUUUUAGGAACUUUAGCCAUUGCGAUUGUGAUUCCUCAAAAAGAGAUCCACCUCAUUUCUGGAGGGAUGGAAGCGAUCUCUUUUUCCUCAAAUCGUAUCACUUAGGAUGGGCUGUGCCAAUCAUUGCCGUUUUGAUUGCUUUUGGCGCAAUGGGAGGGGUGAGCACCUGGGCAGCAGGGCCGAGCAAAGGGCUUUUAGCCGCAGCUAGAAAUGGAGACUUACCCCCUUUUUUCACAAG